UGAAUUUUGUUAGACGAAAACGUGUAUUUGGCUUUUACUGCGCUUUACUUUCAACUUAAUUAUUUAACAUUUUGGAAACGCCGUAAUUUAAAUUAGGAACACUAUGGGCGAAGGGAAGCAGGUGCUUCAAUUCCAUGAAAUGGAAUUGGACGAACGACUUUUGAAAGCUAUUUCCAAGAUGGGUUGGAUGCAGCCCACACUAAUACAGGAGGCCGCCAUACCAUUGCUCCUAGAAGGAAAGGAUGUCGUAGUGCGGGCGCGCACAGGAUCUGGAAAAACAGCUGCAUUUGCAUUGCCUUUGCUACAGAAGUUGCUCAACUCCAAACUAAAUGCAUCCGAGCAGUAUACCAGCGCUAUUGUGCUUUCGCCAAGUAAAGAAUUAUGCCAGCAAACACGCAUUGCAAUGGAACAAAUGGCAGAUAAGUGUGGGAAAGUAGUGCGGAUUGUAGAUCUCGCAUCCAGCGAUGUUGCCGCACAACGGCACGUCUUGUCCGAGCGUCCCGAUGUGGUGAUAUCAACGCCAGCUAAAAUGCUUGCACAUGUAGUGUCUGGUGCGUUAGAUUUGAGGAAAAUUGAAAUGUUGGUUGUUGAUGAAGCAGAUUUGGUGUUUUCUUUUGGCUUUGAAAAAGAUUUUAAAAAGCUGAUCGAAUAUCUUCCGCCUAUCUAUCAGGCAGUGCUGGUGUCCGCAACAAUGUCGGAUGAUGUUAUGAACAUGAAAAAUAUUGUGCUACACAACCCAGUUAUACUAAAGUUAGAAGAACCGGAUCUGGUGCCUGAAAGCCAGUUAUCACAUCAGCGCGUAUUGGCCGAAGAGAAUGACAAACCAGCGAUUUUGUAUGCGUUAUUGAAAUUGCGUUUAAUACGUGGCAAAAAUGUAAUUUUCGUAAAUUCGGUGGAUCGCUGCUAUAAAUUGAAGCUCUUCCUGGAACAAUUCAAAAUUAAAUCAUGCGUAUUGAACUCCGAACUACCAGCCAAAAUACGCAUACAUACAAUUAAUCAAUUCAAUCAGGGUAUAUACGAUCUAAUUAUCUCCUCAGAUGAGCGUAUGUUGGAAAAUCCGGGCACAAACAAAAGUGAUCGCGAGUCGGGUGCUUCGCGUGGCAUAGAUUUUCAAUGCGUUUCGAAUGUAAUCAAUUUCGAUUUCCCAACGGACGUCAACUCGUACAUACACCGCGCAGGACGUACUGCACGCGGCACCAAUAAAGGCAGCGUACUGUCGUUUGUCAGCUUAAAGGACAAAGAAGCCAAUGAAGCGGUGGAGGAGCGGUUACGCAGCGGCUAUCUGAGCGACGACCAAGUGAUCAAAAAUUAUCAAUUCAAAUUGGAGGAAGUCGAGCCCUUCCGUUAUCGCGCACAAGAUGCGUGGCGUGUGAUUACACGCAUUGCAGUACAUGAAGCGCGCAUGCGCGAAAUCAGAAUAGAGAUUUUCAACAGUGAACGAUUGAAAGGGUUUUUCAGUGAAAACUCGCGUGACCUACAAGUGCUGCGACACGACAAGCCACUGAAGACAGUCAAGGUGCAACCACAUUUGGCGCACGUGCCAGAGUACAUUGUGCCUAAAGCGUUAAAACGUAUGGCAACAACGGCAGCAACACGCGUAGCCAAGCAACCACGCGGCGGCUAUCAUUCGACAGCGAAAGCAGCUUAUGAAAGUCAAAAGGAUAAUCCGCUACUAUGCAGUGAAAUCGAUUAUGGACGGAAGCGUCGAGGCGGUAAAAGCAAAUAGGCGCGUUGUGUGUUUAGCUGUUUUUUUUUUUCAAAAUGUUAGCUGUAGUGUUAUGAAAUAAAAGGAAAAUAUAUAUUAAAUAUACAUAAAAUUCAUUUA